GCUGGUGCGACUGCCGGGGAAGCUUUAGUCCGCCCUCGGUGAGCGGACUGCUCACCGAGAAUGUCCACGCCCAUCAUGCUCAACGUUCGAUUUCGGGCCCGCCAACAAUUGAUGAUUGACAAGUAGGCCAGGCUUUGUGUAACAAUUAUGUCUUUAUCCAGAACUCUUGCCAGGCCUCUGCGCUCUCUUUUAGUGCGAUCAACACCAAGUCUUUACAAGCCAUGUGUUCGCACCAUCGCCACGGCUCAAGCCUCAGUCUCAACGUCUGGGUCUCCCAAGAAACUCAAAGCACUCACCCAGGAGCAACGUGAUUUUCUCGACUCAGCUCUUCGUGUCAAUCAAGCUGGUGAACUCGCUGCAGUCCUCAUUUAUGCUGCCCAGUCACCCAUCCUUCUCCGAUCAAAGCCUCAUCUCCGCAAGCUGAUGACGCAUAUGUAUGAUCAAGAAGACGGUCACUUUAAGACCUUUAAUGGCCUCAUUCACAAGCAUCGCAUUCGCCCUACUGCCCUGUACCCUUUGUGGUCCGUCAUGGCUACUGGCCUAGGUUGGUCUACUGCUAUGCUCGGUUACGAAGCUGCUAUGGCUUGUACCGAGGCUGUCGAGACAGAGAUUGGUGGCCACUACAACGAACAAAUUCGGACAUUGUUGGAAAUGAUUACGCAGUGGGAAGCCGAGGGUUACGAAGUCGGCGAGGAGUUAUCAGAUCUUGUCAAGACCCUCAGAGUGAUACGAGACGAAGAACUGGAGCAUCUCGAUCAUGCUGUAGAGCAUGAUGCACAAAAGGCAGAACCUCACUGGCUUCUCACUGGCGUCAUCCGCGCAGGCUGCCGAGGUGCUAUCUGGGCCUACGCGAGGCUCCUUGGACAAACAUGUAUGAAUAAGAACUAG